AUGUCCACCAUAUCCUUCCCCGCUACCUUCCCCAUCGUCGGCCUCCCCCUUUUUGCGACUUUCGCCCUCAACCUCUACCAGUCCAUGUCCGUCAUGAGCGCUCGUAAAGCCGCCGGCGUCAAGUAUCCCACUUUGUACGCUUCCGAGGCAGACGCUGCUGCCGAUGCCAAGAAGAUGAAAUUCAACUGUGCCCAGAGGGCUCACGCCAAUACCCUUGAGUCUGCCCCCUACAUCCUUUCCCUAUUCGGUUUCCUCAGUAUCUUCCACCCCAAGAUCGCCUCUAUCGCUCAAUUGCUCUGGGUCGUUGGACGAGUUGGUUACACUCGUGGCUACGCCACCGGUGAACCCGCCAAGCGUAUCAACGGUCUUACCAAGCUCUCUUACGUCGGCAUGGCCAUCCUCCUCUUCGGUACUCUCGGUGUCUCUGCCCAGAAAACCUACGCUCUCUUCUUCUAA